CCACUUGGGACAAAACGCAUCCUCCAAGCAUAUGCCAGCCCGUCUGACGAGUGGGGCCACUCGGAGCUCCUCCCUCUCCUUCUACCUCGUUCGCCAUCGCCCGUCCGGCUAUCCGCCUCACGCCCUGACCUCGGCAUUCUCGGGGCCCUCGGCCGCCUCCUUAAACCCUCCGCGCGAACCGAACCAAACCAAAACCCAAGCCACGCCGCCCCGCAUCCCCCACCUCUCUCACGAGCCCAACAAUGUCCCGCGUCGCGAGCUCGCGCCUCCUCCCCAGGAUCUCCGCACUCUCCUUCUCCACCGCCUCCCCGGCAGCAUCCGCCUCCUCCUCCUCCUCCGCGGCGGCCGGGGCUGCCGCCUCCGAUGCCUCGUCCGCUGCCGGCGACCCCGCCGCCACGCCGCCUCCGGCGGCCCGCAAGCCGUGGGGAGCGCUUAAGUUCGCCGUCGUCGCCGCUGUGUCCGCCGCGCUCGGCGUCACCGGCUACGCCAGCUACGCUUAUUCUCUGGAUGAAGUGGAUGAGAAGACGCGGGAGUUCCGGAAGAACUCCAAGCGUCCAAUCCCCGAGGACGCGUCCGGCUUUGAGAAGUUUCAGGCUAUGGCUUAUUCAGCAGCUAUGAAAGUUCCUGUUGCCGCUAUUGAAGUAUACUUGGAUGUCAGGAGCCAAAUUGAAGAUCAAAUUCGGGGCUUUAGUGAACCAAUGUCAGACAAACUUCUUCCAGAACUAGCUCCUCAAGAACAGCAUCUCUUCACCCUAGUUCUGGAUCUGAACGAGACUCUCAUAUACUCAGAUUGGAAGCGUGAGAGAGGAUGGAGGACUUUCAAGAGGCCAGGUGUGGACGCCUUUUUGGAACAUCUUGGGAAGUUCUAUGAAAUUGUUGUGUAUUCUGAUCAGCUUAAUAUGUAUGUCGAUCCUGUUGUUGAUAGGCUGGAUCCAAAGGGUAUUGUUCGGCACAAGCUAUCAAGAGUUGCAACUAAAUAUGAAAAUGGAAAGCAUUAUCGGGAUUUGUCAAAGCUAAACAGAAAUCCUGCUCAAGUUCUUUAUAUCAGUGGGCAUGCUCUUGAGUCAUGCCUGCAGCCUGAGAACUGUGUCCCAAUCAAACCUUGGAAGCUUGAAAAUGAUGACACUCAACUGCUCGAUCUUAUUCCAUUUCUCGAAUAUGUUGCUAUGGCAAGACCUUCUGAUAUCAGGGCUGUUCUUGCAUCCUAUCAAGGUCGUGACAUCGCUUCCGAGUUUAUUGAGCGCUCUAAGGAACACCAGAGGCGCAUGCAAGAACAAAAGCAACCAGGACGCUUAUGGCGGCGAUGAUGACUAAAAUCUGCUGGAAGCAAAACAGAUCAAUCUACACACCUCUAGACACAUCAAACAUUUGGCGCUUCACUCCGACCGAAGUGAACAUAACCAAUGACCAAGGCUUGUAAUUGUGUCAAUUUUUGGAGAGAUGACCUACCUUUGGUAGUUAUUAAAUGUUUCCAUUUUACUAGGUGUCUUACAGUGACAUCUAACAUAUAUAUUUUUUUCAGAAUUAUUUAAUCAAGUAUGAGAUGCCACCUUGGCCAACAUUGUGAAAGUAAUUUUUUUGGUCAGAUUUACUUACA